ACGGAAGGAAAGGGGGAACAAGCGUCAUGCAAAAGCAAUGGGCGUUGAAAGUGGUUUCGCUCGAAAUAUAAAUUCCUUUGACGCACGGGUUCUCAGAGUCUCCUGUUUCUACCUGACAUUUCCACUCGGCUGUCUUCUUUUCUUCUGAAACAUAGAAUCUCUCCCUCUUCUGGGCUAUGGCUGGAAUGAAAAUCGUCUUCGGGCUUCUAACCUUCGUCACUGUCGGAAUGAUAAUCGGUGCUUUGUUUCAAUUAGCAUUUAUACGACGAUUGGAAGAGUCAUCUGGCACCAAGUUUCCUUCCCUUAGGAGAAUGCAUGAAAGUCAAAAUAAUGGAUAUCUUCGAUUGCCAAGAGGUAUUCCUCAUUGGGUUGAUGAUAAAGAGGCUGUUGUCUUACGUCUUGGUAUGGUCAAACCUGAAGUACUUAGCUGGUCACCACGAAUAAUACUCUUCCGUAAUUUUUUGAGUAUGGAGGAAUGCGAUUAUCUCAGAGCAGUUGCCCGUCCUCGCCUUCAAAUUUCCACUGUGGUGGACACAAAAACCGGGAAGGGAAUUAAAAGUGAUGUUAGAACAAGUUCUGGUAUGUUUUUGAGUCCGGAAGAGCGAAAGUAUCCAAUUAUACAGGCAAUUGAGAGACGUAUUGCUGUUUAUUCACAAAUACCAGAAGAGAACGGAGAGCUCAUCCAAGUUUUAAGGUAUGAAAAGAGUCAGUAUUACAGGCCACAUCAUGAUUAUUUUUCUGACACCUUUAACUUGAAGCGUGGAGGUCAACGAGUUGCAACCAUGCUCAUGUAUUUGUCAGAUAAUGUCGAGGGAGGAGAAACAUACUUUCCAAUGGCUGGAACUGGGGAAUGUACCUGUGGGGCGAGGACAAUGAAAGGGUUGUGUGUAAAACCAGCCAAAGGGGAUGCAGUGCUGUUCUGGAGCAUGGGGUUAGAUGGAGAGUCAGACAUGAAUAGCUUACAUGGAGGAUGUGAAGUGUUGGGAGGAGAGAAGUGGUCAGCUACAAAAUGGAUGAGACAGAGAGCCACAACUUAAUUAUUUCGAAAUUGCCUUUCUUCGUACCCCUCCCUCCUCACACUAAUCAUUAAAUAUACAUGUAGGUCUACCUAACAUAGGAUUCCUUGAUGUGUACAUACAGCAAUAAUGAUCAAUGUAAUAGUGUUUCAUUUUUA